AUGCGCGCGUAUACUACUGCCUAUGUUGAUUCCUCUACUCACUGUCAUACUUCUAAGUCUCUGAGCCAGACACCUGCAGGCCUUCUUCAACAGUUGCUCAUCCCUUCUCGUCGCUGGGCAUACGUGAGUCUCGACUUUAUCACGGAUCUUCCCCUUACAAAGACAGGGCACGACUGGAUUCUCGUGAUGGUCGACUCCCUCAGCAAGAUUGCUCAUUUCGUUCCUGCAAAGAAGCCAUUCACAGCAGCAGACACCGUGGAGCUUCUCGCAGAGCGUCUUAUCCGCUGUCACGGUUUUCCAGAGGUGCUCCUAUCGGACCGGGAGCCCCGCUUCCAUUCGGAUCUUUGGAACCAGCUCUUUCGCCGCUUUAACAUCAAACGGUGCAUGUCCUCAUUCUACCAUCCCCAAAGCGACGGCCAAACUGAAAGGGUUUACCGCACACUGGAGCAGAUGCUUCAUACCUACAUGCAGUCUGACGAACGCGAAGCACAGAGUCACAUCCUGAAGGCAAAAUGGCAGCAGAAGUACUACGCAGACACAAAGCGCCGAGCAGUGGAGUAUGCGGAGGGAGACAAGCUAGUUCCCCACCGCCCCCGCCCUCCCGCUUUAGUUCCCUCGGCAGCCGACGCUGCCUGGCCUCUUAUCCGCGAUGCAACAGGGAAUACCACAGAGGAGAAUGAAGCCGAUUGUAUUAUGGACCAACGCGGCUCGGGAGAUGAAGCCCAGUACCUCGAUGGGCAACCUUCAACGAGGAGAGGGGAGGGAGCGCUGCGCACCGCAUGCGCUCACGGUGUCAGCUCCAGAAGAGAAUGGAAAUUGAAAAGGGAAGAGGCUCCGUACGAGAAGACGGACAGCAGCGGGAAGCCAACAGAGGUAGCACAAAAGGGCUACGGGCCAGAAGCACCAGAGAGUGUGCCGCAGUGGUGGCGGGAGACUUGUGUGAAGGAAACUUACCACCAAGGGGGAGCAGUGUGUUCUGUGGGUGCGACAGCGGUGCAACAAUUUGGUGUGGCAGGGAGUCUGUGUGAGGCGCUCUUGGACACAGAGGCCUCGAGAAACUUUAUGAGUCCUAAAACAGUCGAAUGGCAUCAGCUCAAGUACUUGGGCUGGAUUGGCUGGCUGAAAACUGGCUUUUCCCGAAGCUCGCUCGCCUGUGGCACGGAGGUUCUCGGACGAAUGGCAAGGUGCUGCAGGAGUAUCAGGCGGCUUUUCUCGACAUUUUGCGUAAGGGAUUACUGCCGGAGCGCCCUCAAGAUCCUCAUAUCCUACUGGCACCUAGGAAACUACCGGCGAAAUCUGCGAUAUACCGCUUUGAAUGCCCUUACAAUAGCCCCUGAUUUUCUGCUAUCUCCUAUUCAAACCAUUCUGGAGAUGCUGGCAGGUGCCACGUAUUUUCCUACUCUUGACUUUGAAACAGGAUUCCACCAGAUACGUAUGGCUAAGGAGGGUCGCUGGAAGACGGACUCCCGUUCCGUUCUGCGGUUAUUCGAGUAUUGA